AUCCGUUUGGCAGUGUGAGAUCCAUUUUCGGAUCUCUACUUUUUUCGCGUGUAUAUGGCUAGCUGAGUGUGAACUUAGAAUAUUUCACUCAUUUUCCGAAAUUUCGGUCGGAACUCGCUCGGUCGCCAUUUAUCUACUUUUUAUAUAGUUUUAGUUCCUCGGUCCGCUGAUAGGCGUCUCCAACAUCGCUAUCUGUAUGUCGAGUCGAAUUCCCAAGGAAUCAAUACCAUCAAUCUGGCAACGUCCAAGCAACGCUCUCCGUGCAGUGAGCUUCGAUUAUUUAUAAAUAUUCUUAUCGUCUUCACGAAAUGAAAAUGUAAACAUUUUUAAAGAAUCUCUAGUUGAUUGAAUUUGGUUUGAAUUCAAUGAACGUGAAAUAUCAUUUAAUUACGUCAAAUAGAAUUCAUAAUCAACAAUUCAUUCAGGAAGUAUUUUUGUCUGAUAAACAUGAUAACUACUCAAAAAUAAUGUAUUUUAUGCUUUUGAAUUUUCAGCAUGUCAUAGCAGGAAUAGUAGAUACUGAAUUUUCAAUAUUUUCAUUGCAGCUACUGUUAAAUAUAUUCGUGAAAACAUUCUGAGCAAGUAGGAAUAAUCUGUCAAUGUUGAUAAGAACGUAAAAUAUUAAAAGAAAAUUGCUUCGAUAAACGUCUGUAAUCCAUUUGUGGAAGUGAAAUUCUUGAUGAUAGACAUAUUAUGAAUACUUGGUGGAUAAUCAAAUAGAUGAUCUUUCCUUAUAUCUUUGGUAUAUUCCUUGUUGCACCUUCAGUCAAUAUGUUGAACCUUCUACCUUGCACAGAAAAUGUCACACCUCAGGAUGAACAGAAGGCAGCCGACAUCAUAAAGGAUUCGACACCUCCAGGAUACACAUUCAUUGGCGUAAGGCCAGAAGUAAGAUUAGGAAGAAAUCCCCAUAGGUGGAUUGGUGUAUUUACUGAAAAUACAGGAGCCUAUGAAACUGGAUGUCCAGCAAUGGUUUAUUUAAAACAGCAAUUCAGAAAACUCGUCCCACAAGGUUCGGAUUUGUCUUCGGUUAGAAUCAUUCCCAGUACUUCAGGAAGUACUAUUGAAGUUGAAUACCUCGUAAACUGCUUCUGUACGAAGGUUCCUAGAAGAAGAAGAAGAAGUUCUAGGUGCCACACAAGAGGCUACACAAGAGAAACUGGGAAAUGUAGUAAAUAGUUUUUUUUCAUUGAUUUCAAAAUUAUAAAAAACCAAAUCUCAAGUUAG